AUGGAUUCCAGUGCCCAUAAAUUCUAUCCUGUUCACGGCUUUGAUUCUAGAGACCAUCUGGAAACAUACUUUUCUAACAAACAAGAAAUGGGCUUUUUAGAUGAUACAAUGAAAUUUCCAAUGGAAUGUUUACACCGUGCUUUCAGUGAUGGUCACAUUAAGGGAGAUCUUCUGAUUGACAUCAGUGUUGGAUCCCUCAUUCAUCAUCUAUAUACAGCCAGUGGAUUUUUCAAACAGAUCCUUGUGCUGAAGUGCUCUGAGCAAUGUAUUAUGGAGCUGAACAGAUGGAUUAACACACGUACCGGAGCUUUUGAUUGGUCUCACAUGAUGACAUAUAUGAAAUACCUAGAAGGAAACAGUGACCAGUGUCAGGACAAAGACAUUACAUUGAAAACGGCAAUAACAAAGAUCAUGAAAUGUGACACUGACAAAGAAAAUCUCACAGACCCAGAGGUGCUCCCACCAGCAGACUGUGUCAUCAGUGCAUGGAUGCUGGAUGCCAUCAGCAAAGACCAAGCUGAUUUUAUAAAGAAUAUCAGGAACUUCAUAAAGCUACUGAAACCUGAAGGAUACCUGAUAUUGGUGGGGUGUUUAAAUGCAACUUAUGGGAUGGUUGGGCAGGACAAUGUACAUAUAUGCAAAUAUGAUGAGAACUUUGUAAGAAAAGUUCUCACUAGUGAAGGGUUUAUUAUUGACCACUGUGCAGUGCACAAAAGAACAUCAGUGAGUGACCUUUGUAACUAUGAGGCAAUUUUGUUUAUUACAGCUCACAGAGAGUGUUAAGGUCUGAUUCAGGGAAGCAUGCUCUGUUGAUGUUGUUGUUGUUGUUGAGCGCAGGUCAGCAUUUUAAUUUUACUGCACAUGCAUAUAAAUCACACUACACAUGAAUCCUGAUCAUGUUCAUACUGAUUUGGAUAAGGAGAGAGAUAAGACUCUCGUUUGGGGGCACUCUUGUGUAUGUACAGUAAAUAUACAUAAAACUUAACUUUUAUUGUAUAUCUCAUGAAACUACUGUAUGUUAAUCCUGUUUUUUUGUCAUAAA